AUGUCAAGCAAGUUCCAGCCAAGCGUGUACAAAAGCACAAACGGUCAAUAUUUCGCCGAGCCAGACGGUAACCGAAGCGACUACUACUGGAUCACCGUACAUUUCGCCGAAGACGGCGAUCACCGCGGCCUUAGAGAUUCAGAAGUCAUGCUGAUUGUAAAGAAUAUGAUUGCAAAAGGCCGCUUUACUGUAGACAAUCGGGCAAUGCAUGGUUUAGGGUACCAUUGUCUCUCGAUCCCUAUUAAGCGUGAUCCGGAUACGCCUCUGCCAAAGUCAUAUACGCCUGAUCCUACGCACCCAGAUCUUCUUCUUGCUGAAAAUCUGGCGGGGUAUUGGAAGGAUCAGAUUUUGUCCAGGAAGGUUACUUUGGAUCAAACCAUAAUUUUUGCUGGGAUUCGUCGUGAAUUUAUACGUUUGGAAGAUAUGUUGGAUGUGGGCGUGGUUCUGAUGGAUCCCUGGCGUAUUUAG